AUGACUGUGACCCAAACACCUCAAAUCUCAGCCGACGACCUGCACUCGUUGCGGCCAAGAACGAUUAUCCAACCACUCCACAAUAGUAUUCCCCCGGAAUUACUCCCACGAUUUGACCCGGUCUAUGUGGAGCACCACAAUAAGUAUAACGCGGGACGCCUACAUACGCACGAGGUGCCAAUCGAAGAAUUUCGAAAGAACCCAGCUAAAUUCGUCACUGCAUACGGCCGCGCCGUUGGCCCGGAUGUUUUCAGGAUUACCCAGCAGAAAAUACCCGUCGAGGGAGGAGAAAUAGCCGUGCGGAUCUUUGAGCCUGCAGCAAUCUACGAUGAGCAAGGUAAUCCUACAAAGAGGGCUGCAUACGUCAACUUCCACGGCGGCGGAUGGGUAUUUGGAGAUCUCGCGGGAGACCAUGAUUUCUGCAAGCGGGUGGUCCACGGUCUAGACGGCCAUUUGGUGGCUUUUGAUAUCGACUAUCGUCUAGCACCGGAAAACAAAUACCCUGUCCCAGUGGAGGAUUGUUGGACAGCUUUCAACUGGGUCCGGUCACAGAAAGCCGAAGAAUUUAAUGUCGACCCUGAUCGCAUGGCGGUUGGGGGAGCUUCAGCCGGAGGUCAUCUCUCAGCGGUCAUCAGCCAUCUUUGCCGUGACUCCAACAUUCCUCUCCGCCUGCAAGUGUUAGGAGUGCCAGUAUGUGAUUUGCACAACGUUUUCACGCCGGAUGGAGAAUUCGACCGCGAAAAUUGUCCUUAUGAAUCCUAUCGAGAGAUGGAGUUCACGAUUGCCCUCCCGAUGGCACGAAUGAAGUACUUCCACAAUCACUUUCUGGGGCUUCCGCCUGCUAGAUCCAAGGAGGACUGGAAGAUUUCGCCCAUGCUUGCUCCCAACUUCUCCAAUCUAGCCCCGGCUCUUGUGUUCACUGCGGAAAUGGACCCUCUUAGGGACGAAGGGGAGGUCUACGCCGCAAAACUCAAGAAAGCUGGAUGUCGGGUCAAGUUGACGCGCAUGAAAGGGGCACCUCACACAUUCAUUACUUUAGACGGCAUUUUGGGUUCGGGGAAGAAGUACAAUGCGAUGGUCAUCGAAGCGAUGAAGGGGGAGCUCGUAGAGUGA